GCUGCCGGUAAUGUACCCUGCUAUAAGUACUGUUCUUUGGUACAGAAACGUACAGAAACUUCACGAAGAACGCAGACAUGAAGGGAUCUUUCGCUUUUCUCCUGCUGGCUGCCGCGGUCUUGGUUGUCGCAGAUUCUACCUCAGCUUGGUUUCUUCCGAUGACGGAGGUGUCUGCCGACCGAGGACAAAAAUGCGAAAGAGCGUUUGCAACCAUUUCUAGCUUCAUCAGCCCUUGUCGGUACCUUUGUAAAGGCUGGCCCAUCCGUUUCGGGAACGCGGACCCUGGAACACCUUGUCAGAUCUUCCUGCUGGGCACUGGUGUCUGCAUCGACGGAAAAUGCGUCAAAGAAUUCCUGCCAGUGACGAUAAAACCUGUUUCAACAACCACAGCGAAAGUGCCGGAGCCUUCCACCGAAGGAUAAGGUCAACGCAUUCCGUCUGAGGCAAAUUGGCGAUGCUGACAUAUUUGUGUUUUAUUAAUUUGGAGCACCAGGAGCCUCAAUAUAGUCAACCCAAGUUUAUAACUUGUACAAUAGAAGCUCAUCCUGCUAGCCA